AUGGCAUGGCGCGGCGCGGCGUGGCAGGCGGAUCCUGCGCCGGGCGAGAAGCCCCGCGGCGCUGGAGCCUCGUCGGGCGCGGUCGAUGCCGCCCUGGCCACGGUGGAGGGCAUGCUGCAGUGGCGCGAGAAAGGCGUUUCGGUCGCCGCGCUGGUGGCAGGGCUCGGCAAGCUGCGCGAGGACCUCGCCCGCGCGAGGCAGGCCCAGGCCGCCGCCGAGCGCGCGCGCGAGCGCCUGCGGCGCCAGCUGGCGGGGCUCCGCGCCGCCGCCGAAGGCGGGGACGCGGACGCUGUCACCUUCGUCUUCCCUGCGGCCGCCGGCUUGCAGGAGGUUAGGAUCGCCCACUGCCGCGCGGUCGUGCGGCAAUGGAGCCCGGCGUUGGAGCUCCUGACGCGGCAUGGAAAUGGCUUCGGCGGCGAGUUCCCGAAGGAGGUGCGGCUUCUUGGUGUUGCCCCUGAGGUCUUCAAGGCCGCGGCACGCUACAUGGCAUGCGGCGAGCUGGAGAAGGACGACGUGGCGCCGCUGGAGGACCCGGCGCACCCGCUUCUCGAGUUUGCGGACCAGUUCGACCUCAGGGAGUUGGUAGACGACUACUUCGAGCUGGUGCUCGGGGCGACACCGCUGGGCGUGGACAACGCCGGGCGCAUCCUUGACCUCGCCCUGCGGCACAACUGCAAGACCUCGGCGGACGCAGCCGCGUCCUUCCUGGCGAGGAGGCUGCAGACGGAGACCCUGCCCUUCCUGGCCCUAAGCGCAGAGGCGGCCACCGCCGUGCUCGCGCGGGACGACCUGCACGUCGGCAGCCGGGGGGCAGAGCACGACGUCGUGCAGCUCGCGCUGCGUUGGGUCAGGCACGACGCCGCACGUGCGGAGCAGGCGCACGUUCUACUCGGCGGCGUGCGCAUGGAGCUGCUCAGCAUCCGGGAGCUGACGGAACUGCAGGGCAAAGUGUCGUCCAAAUCGACGUUCGGCAAGGAGUCCAGGCAGCUGCUCCGCAGAUCCAUCAAGGCCGCUCUGGCGCAGAAGCUGGCGGCGGAGGACGAGGAGCGGCAGCCGCUCCGCAAGCGGCACCGCUCGGUGCUGGCGGACAAGACCAACGAGGACGCCACCCGGAAGAUGCUCCGCGCGACCCUCGGCGUCCUGGGGGUCGGCCUGCCGAGGGGCGCCCGUGCGGCGUCGCGCCGGGCCUCCUGCAGAGACACGGAGAAGGAGAACGAGCCGCCUCCGGAGCCACCGCAGCAGGGCAGGGGCGCACCCCCGCCGCAGGCCCCUUGCUGCCGGAGCCAGGAGGCACCGCCGUCGUGCGACGCCCGUCCGGCUUCUCCUGCGGGGAGGCCUGCUUGA